AUGUUAAGGGAGUCAGUGUUGAAUGUAGUGUGUGCCGGCGUGCAAUAUUUUUUGUUUAUAUUUUACGUAAUGAAGUUUUUAAUUAUGACCGCUAUGUGCUUCUACGUAAAAACUGUACUGACUCUAGAUUGCUAUUGGAAUAGUGGGUGCAAAUACAAAUAUUUUUCGAGUAAAACUCCGUAUGAAAUUGUUAGAGGCGAUAUAAGGGAUUCGAUCGUAAAACAGGAAGGAUGCGAAACCAUCAGUGUAUGGUCAAUAUUUCGCCAUGGAAAGAGAAACCCAAGUUCGAAAUAUGCGACUGAUAUACAAUAUAUUUUAAAAUACUACAAAGACUUCAUUGUGUCAAGUUUUGAAAUUGGAAAUAGUUCGCUUUGUGCUCAAGAUGUGGAGAAUAUAAAAAAUUGGAAGAUUGACACUAAAAUGCUUGAUGAACCAAAUGAAAUAUCUAGCGAAGGAUAUCGGGAACUAUUCGAUAUUGGAAGCAGGAUAAAAGAAACGUUCCCAGAACUUCUGAGUAAACUUCAAGAAAACGAGUAUAAAUUCCAACCCGCGUUUGGAAGUCGAAUCGAAGAGAGCGCCAAGGCUUUUGCCGAGGGUCUGGACGACCGUAACUUGCUUAUCACCAAAAUAUAUGGUGAUUAUACUUACGUCGCACCUUAUUCGAUUUGUGGGAAAUAUCAGAUCGAUAUACGGAAUAAUCCAAACGUUUAUCAUGAAGCCGAAGUCUAUGAAAAUACUGAGGAGUACUCAAACAUGAGAGAAAGGGUCGCCAAGAACUUAGGGCUGAAUUUUGUUCCUUCAAGCGACAAUAUAACAGCAAUAUAUGACUUGUGCCGGUACUCUUGGAACGGGAUUCUCCAUCAACCAAGCCCGUGGUGUGCUGUCUUCACAGCCGAAGACCUAAAAAUUUUGGAGUACGUUGGAGACCUUAGACAUUAUUACAGAAACGGCUAUGGAGCGUCACAAUUCAGUAAUACACUGGGACAACUGCCACUCUCAGAUUUACUAAGAAAUUUUGAACAAUCAAAACGUGGAAAUGGAAAGAAGAUUGUUUCAUAUUUUACUCAUGCCACUAUGAUGGAUAUGAUAGUAGUCGUUCUAAAUCUUUAUAGAGACCCAACUCCGUUAUUGGGUUCUUAUAGAGAUUUAAAUAGACAAUACAGAUCAACGUUUCUGUCAACAUUCAGUAGCAACCUAAUUGCAGUGUUAAACAGAUGCAGGAAAGCACACACCUAUGACUAUAGCAUUUCAUUUUAUUGGAACGAAAAACCGCUAAAGGAACUAUGCAACGAAGGGACUUGUUCAUGGCAGGAAUUUGAAAAUAUUUUCAAACCAUUCUUGAACGCCACGGACGACAUCUGUGAAUUUAAAUGGACAAAAUUAGAUUAA